AUGUCGACGUAUAGGCCCCAGAACAUUCUCAUCACCGGCGCAGCCGGAUUCAUUGCAUCCCAUGUAGCCAACCGCCUGAUCCGCAGCUACCCGGAGUACAAAAUCGUGGUUCUCGACAAGCUCGACUAUUGCUCCAACUUAAAGAACCUGAACGCUUCCCGCUCAUCGCCUAACUUUAAGUUCGUCAAGGGUGACAUUGGCAGUGCCGAUCUCGUGAACUACCUCCUCAUCACCGAAUCUAUUGAUACCAUCAUGCACUUUGCGGCUCAGACCCAUGUUGAUAAUUCAUUUGGAAAUUCAUUUGAGUUCACAAAGAACAACAUCUACGGAACCCAUGUCCUCCUCGAGGCCUGUAAGGUCACUGGUCAGAUCAGAAGGUUUAUUCAUGUUAGUACUGAUGAGGUGUACGGGGAGACCGACGAGGAUGCCGUGGUUGGAAAUCAUGAAGCAUCUCAACUGCUACCUACAAAUCCAUACUCAGCUACAAAAGCUGGGGCUGAGAUGCUUGUGAUGGCUUAUGGGAGGUCGUAUGGUCUUCCCGUAAUUACUACUCGAGGAAAUAAUGUAUACGGGCCGAACCAAUUUCCUGAGAAGCUCAUCCCGAAGUUCAUUCUCCUUGCCAUGAGGGGGGAGCAACUUCCCAUUCAUGGUGAUGGGUCUAAUGUGAGAAGCUACCUCUACUGUGAGGAUGUUGCUGAGGCCUUUGAGGUAAUUCUUCACAGGGGAGAAGUAGGACAUGUAUACAAUAUCGGGACUAAGAGAGAGAGGAGGGUGAUUGAUGUUGCGAGAGAUAUAUGUAACCUCUUCAAUUUGGACGCUGAUAGUGUAAUCAAGUUUGUGGAGAACAGACCGUUCAAUGAUCAGAGGUACUUCUUGGAUGACCAAAAACUGAAGAAUUUGGGAUGGUCGGAAAGGACGCCUUGGAAGGAGGGGCUGCGGAGGACAAUAGAGUGGUACACGAAUAAUCCUUAUUGGUGGGGAGAUGUAUCAGGGGCUUUAUUGCCUCAUCCGAGGAUGUUGAUGAUGCCUGGAAUUGAAAGGCAUAACUGGUCUGAAGAAAUCAGAGGGAUGGUUUCCUCCUCAAAGGAAAGCAGCAACCAGAAAACAACAAUAAAUGCAGUUCCUGUUCAAAAGAGUAGCUCUCCUCAAAAUCCACCUUUGAAGUUCUUGAUAUAUGGUAAGACUGGAUGGAUUGGUGGGCUUCUUGGUAAGAUAUGCAAGAAGCAGGGGAUACCAUUUGAGUAUGGGAAAGGGCGUCUCGAAGAGCGUUCUCAGCUCGUUCUGGAUAUUCAAGACAUGAAACCGACUCAUGUUUUCAAUGCUGCUGGCGUGACCGGGCGGCCCAAUGUCGACUGGUGCGAGACUCACAAGCCCGAGACUAUCCGGACAAAUGUCGUGGGCACGUUAAACCUGGCUGAUGUUUGUAGGGAGCAUGGAUUGUUAAUGAUGAACUAUGCUACAGGGUGUAUAUUCGAGUACGACGCUGAGCACCCACAAGGGUCGGGAAUCGGGUUCAAGGAGGAAGAUAAGCCAAACUUUACUGGCUCAUUCUAUUCAAAGACCAAGGCGAUGGUUGAAGAGCUUCUGAAAGAAUUUGACAAUGUCUGCACCCUUCGAGUCAGAAUGCCUAUAUCAUCUGAUUUAAGCAACCCGCGCAACUUCAUCACUAAAAUUACGCGCUAUGACAAAGUGGUGAACAUCCCGAACAGCAUGACUAUUUUGGAUGAGCUCCUGCCGAUCUCAGUCGAGAUGGCGAAAAGAAAUUGCAGGGGCAUCUGGAACUUCACCAAUCCUGGUGUCGUGAGCCACAAUGAGAUCCUGGAGAUGUACAGGAAGUACAUAGAUCCCGACUUCAGGUGGGCCAACUUUACACUCGAAGAACAGGCCAAAGUUAUAGUCGCACCACGAAGCAAUAACGAAAUGGAUGCUUCGAAGUUGAAGCGGGAGUUUCCCGAGUUAUUAUCCAUCAAGGACUCACUUAUCAAGUAUGUAUUCGAGCCCAACAGGAAGGUCUUAGUUGAUUGAGAGUGAGAACUCUUACUGCUGGUUAGUUUAACCAAUUUCUGAAUCUAUUUAUUAGCACUCGCGGCUAUUCUUUUCACCUGUUUUCUUUUACCCAUUAGCUCUAGAUUUAGUGCAAUUGCUGCUAUAAGAUGAUUCUUCUAGUUGUAGUUAAAUGCUUGUCUCUCUGUUUUUGGCCCCUCUAUGAGGUUAUUAUAGUGUGGCGCGGAUCUGAUUACUUGUUGAAACUAUGCUGCUGUGUAAACUUCUUUUGUGUCAUUUCCCUGUCUUUUACUACUAUCAUUUCA